CCCCAUCAUUUUUAUAUCCGGAUAGGUAACCUAAGCUUUUCUUCCAGAGACUCUGAACCAUGGCUUCAUGUACCGCACCUCCCUCCCUCAUGCUCGUCCACUCUCAAGACCUCUCUCCCUCUCUUCGCUCCUUCUCUCACAGGCCCAUUUCUAGAACCACCUUCUCUCUCUAUCCUCUCCUUUUGAAGCCCUCCAAAUGGCUCCACAUAGAGCCCAAAUCCAGGACUUGCCAUGCCCUCGUCGCCGCUUUGUCUGCAGAGGUCCAAGUGCCCGAAACUUUCGACGACACGGAGGAGGACGACGGUGCUGAUGGCUCCACCGCCACCAACACCGUCCCCACCACCAAGCCUAAGAAAGGCAAGGCCGCAUUGCCUCUCAAGAGGGACAGGACGAGAUCUAAGAGGUUCUUGGAAAUUCAACAAUUGAGGGAGCGUAAGAAAGAGUAUGACUUGAAGACAGCAAUAUCUUUGGUUAAAGAAACAGCUAAAACCAAGUUUGUAGAAACAGUAGAAGCCCAUUUCCGCCUCAACAUUGACCCUAAAUAUAACGAUCAACAAUUAAGAGCAACAGUAAAUCUGCCUAAGGGAACCGGAAAACCCGUUAAAGUGGCUGUUCUUACUCAAGGUGAAAAAUUCGAUGAAGCAAAAAAUGCAGGAGCUGAUUUGGUGGGUGGAGAGGAUCUGAUAGAACAGAUAAAAGCAGGAUUCAUGGAGUUUGAUAAACUAAUUGCUUCUCCAGAUAUGAUGCCUAAGGUUGCUAGCCUAGGGAAGAUUCUGGGACCAAGAGGACUGAUGCCAAACCCAAAAGCUGGCACUGUAACACCCAAUAUUCCCCAGGCUAUAGCAGAAUUCAAGCAGGGAAAAGUUGAAUACAGGGCAGACAAAACUGGAAUCGUGCACUUACCUUUUGGAAAAGCUGACUUUCCAGAAGAGGAUCUUCUUGUAAACUUGCUUGCUGCAGUGAAAUCAGUAGAGGCAAACAAACCUUCAGGUGCUAAAGGUGUGUACUGGAAAAGUGCUCACAUAUGCUCAGCCAUGGGACCUUCAAUCAGGUUAAAUAUCAGGGAGAUGCUUGAUUACAGACCUCCAUCAGAAUAGAACCCUCACAUGUAAAUGUUCGUUUGGCCUCAGUCAGCUAUCCCGGGUGCCAUUGUGAGAUCUUGCCAAAUAUUUAUUCAAAGAUGUUACCAAAGUUACAUACAGGGGAUGGGAUCUCUCUGUUCCAAAUGUUUGCACACUGCUACAUUACAUAAUCUUUGACCCCGGCUGAGGAUUUUCCUUGUAUUACUUUGUAACUAACACCAGAGAUCUAAUUAUAUUUUCUUUCGUGGGAAUAAAUUUUCAUUUUUACGUUUUGAUUAUUAGUAGUAGGUAUUUCACUCUUCAACCGCCUGUGUUCGUUGUACUCAAUACAAUUGCUAUGGUAUGUAUGGCCCAGUAAACCAUUUACAAGA